AUAUAUGAAAUGUGCGGGAGUACAACUGGUGUGGGUAUGUCCUGGAUAUGGCUGUAGCAGCUCAUAAAAAUUGGUCUGAAGAUAAGAACAAGGCAUUUUGUGGCCCGAUUUCCUUUCUCGUGCCUUGCUACGUGGAUAGGAUUGUUUUGAGGACACGUCUCGUUCCACGUGCAUUUCCAACAGUUAUGGGCUGGACGGCACAACUCCUCAAUGAACGACAGAAGAUGGAACUCAACCCAGGGCCUUUCGGUAGAGGCCACAAGGAGCCAAUCUUUGAUGUGAAGAACAGUGAGUCAAGCCACCAGGUUCAUAAGGUUUGCAAUGGGGUGAAUUCCAGAGACUAUAUUGGUAGUGAACGUCAAAAACGUAGGCGUACUCUUAUGUCUGCCAUGAACAAGGCUGCUGAUGGCAUAACUGAACUCAUGAGAAUGAUGGAAGAGAACUCUGAAGGUGUCAAGGAUGACGAGUGCUCCAAAAUUGCAGCAAAGUCUUCGUUGAAGAUGUUAGGUGUGCAGUAGAGAAGUUGACUCAAGCUAUGGAGGAAGAUGAAAUUGACGAUCCUGAGCCGUGGAGAAGGUGAUGCGCAUUGCUGAAGCAAGGAAGAAGUGGGAAACCGAUGGGCCAACAUUCAAUCUGGGCUUCGACUUUGGUGGUAAACAGGUAGGUUGAGAAAUUGUCAUUAGAUGUGGUGGUGUUAUUUCUAUUUUUGGGGAAUUGUUCAUGGGGAAUGUAAUUCGUAAACAUCUAACCAUGGUAUGUAAUUAAUUAGCUAUGGCCCCCUGAUGAUUUGUAUGUGAACCAAACUAAUAUGUAAUUUUUGUAAUGAAUUAACACUCCA